AGAAACAGAUAAGAUAAUAUAUAAACGAAGAUUCUGUCAAUUGUCUUCUGAAGAGUGAAGUAACAGUUACUCUCUUGUUGUGCCUCAAGGAACAACCCAACCUCAAAUUCAACAUGAAUAGCUUCAAAAUUUUAACCUCAACAUUCAACACCUCCACUUUCUUCCCUUCUAUCCAUGAUAACCUCUGCACCACCAAUCUCCUCACUCCUUCCUUCCAAAACCACAAAACCAAACUUACAGCUCAGAAUCCCAAACCCCAUUUUCUCCUAUGCGCUUCUCUUCCUAGUCCACAAGCUAGUAAUGUUUCCAUGGCUGAAGUGGAGGAACAAGAAGAGGUUGAAAUUGUAAAGGGUUACACCAUGACACAAUUUUGUGACAAAAUGAUAGAUUUGUUUUUGAAUGAGAAAACCAAAUCAAAGGAAUGGAGGAAGUAUUUGGUAUUUAGGGAGGAGUGGAAGAAAUAUAGGAAUAGCUUCUUCAUUAGGUGUCAAAGAAGAGCUGAGAUGGAGAGUGAUCCAACAAUGAAGGAGAAAUUUGCUUCAUUAGGGAGAAGGGUGAAGAAGAUUGAUGAUGAAAUGGAAGGACACUAUGAACUUUUCAAGGAGUUACAAGAUUUUCCAACCGACAUUAAUGCCAUAGUUGCACGAAGGCGCAAAGACUUCUCUGGAGACUUUUUCCGUUACCUCACUCUUAUUGCAGAUACUUAUGACAGCUUGGAGGAUCGUGAUGGGAUUGCGAGGCUUGGGGCUAAAUGCUUAUCUUCUGUCGGUGCAUACGAUAAUACUUUAAAGAAUAUGGAGACAUUAGACGCUGCGCAGGCAAAAUUUGAUGAUAUCCUCAACUCUCCUUCAAUUGACGCAGCUUGUCAGAGAAUCAAAAGUCUCGCAAAGGCAAAGGAACUUGAUUCUUCAUUGGUAUUGUUGAUAAACGGUGCUUGGGCUAAAGCGAAAGAAUCUACAACAAUGAAGAAUGAGGUGAAAGAGAUAAUGUACCAAUUGUACAAGACCACAAAGAGCAGCCUAAGGACAAUUGCUCCAAAAGAAAUAAAACUUCUAAAGCAUUUGUUAAACAUCAUAGACCCCGAGGAGCGAUUCUCUGCCUUGGCAAUGGCUUUCUCUCCCGGUGAUGAACAUGAAGCCAAGGAUCCUAAUGCUUUAUACACCACGCCUAAGGAGCUCCACAAAUGGAUUCAGAUAAUGCUCGAUGCAUAUAGUCUAAACAAAGAAGAAUCAGAUUUGAGAGAAGCUAGGCAAAUGACUGAUCCUAUAGUUAUUCAAAGAUUGUUUAUCCUCAAGGAUACCAUUGAGAAAGAAUAUAUGGAAAAAGACAAAGUUCCAAAGUCUGAGACAGAAGAUGACUCCCAAUCAGAAGUGUUUUGAAUUGUCAUUCGUUACACUUUUUUGAUCGAAUGAAACAUGUAUGUUUUUCCUUUAUAUACUAGAAUUUGUAGUCUUGUACUAUUUCACCAGGUUUCCUCUACAAAAUUUUGAAUUGUAUAAAGCAUCCACCUGAGUAAUGUGGAUGAUGCCACAAAUCAUUUUGAGGUGUAAUGUAGUAUAGAACCAGAAGUAGUUCCUUAUGCAUGCAUGUUUGAAUCAAUGAAGAUGUUGGAUACUAGGAAA